CGACAGAUAGGGAGCUCGCAAUCGAUCGCCGUCGACACCAACGAUGGGUUUUAAUGACUAUGAUAGGACUUAGAUUUGUGGUAGCCCUGCCAAUAGCCGUCAUCGCUUCAUUCUUCCCACAGGAAGUUGAAAGAUGGCGACCAGUCAGUGAAGCAAGUCUGUAUACGGGCAUCAUCACUGGUGUCUUUGGUUCAACUGCUAUUUUAGGCUCGAUUGCUAGCUCUCAAUGGGUGAUCAAUGAUAUAGGAACUCGACGCCUUUUGUGUCUGACAGUUUUUCUCUUGGCAAUGUCCACGAUACUAUUUGGAUGCUUGGGUUACACGAGUAGCUGGCCUGGAUUCAUUAGUUUGUCUAUCAUUAUUCGAUUGGUGCAGGGAUUCGCUUACGGAUUGACUGAUGUGAUUGUGUACGGUCUGGGAACUGCUGCGUCGUCGGAACAGAUGGGGCUUGCCUCUGGGUUGCUCGAGUUGAGUUUUGCUAUUGGAGGUGCUAGUGGUCCUGCGAUUGGAGGUAUUCUCCACAAAGUUGGUGGGUUUGGCUUACCUCUUUUUGUGACUGGUGGAGUGAUGUUGGGUUAUAUGAUGGUAGUGGUCAGUCUCUUGUCUUCGUCAGAUAAUGUUAGAUCACGAGUGAUGGUACCACUGAGAGAUGUUAUCAACAUGUGGACGGUUUCAACAGCAUUUUGUGGAUUUCUCGCUAAUAUGUGUUUGUCGGCUUUGGUGGCAACUCUCGGAGCUCAUUUGGAUAGGGAUUUUCAUAUGUCGCCGACAAUUAUUGGCUUAGUGUUUCUCCUAACAGGAAUAUGGUAUGCCAUGUCGUGUCCAUUGUUUGGUAUGCUUGCCGAACUGAUUGGUCCUCGAUGGGUUAUCUUACUGGGACUGUUUGCUAUAUCUGCGGGUGUGGUAGUUAUAGCCGUGGCUCAUACACUAACCCAACUACUUAUUGGUCAAGUGAUCAGUGGCAUUGGUUUGGGAUCUUGUUUUGGAUCGGUUUACUUUGAUAUGUCCAAGGAAGCAGAGUUGGCGGGUCAACCGAAUAGCGAAGAACGUAACUCAACACUUUAUGCAAUUCUAAGUGUCUUUUAUAACAUUGGACUCAUGUUUGGAGGAAUAGUGGGUGGAGCACAGGCCAGCGUGUUGGGUUUCAGCAUGGCAACUGUCAUAAUUGGUGUCAUGGUGGGAUCGGUUGCCACAUUGUAUUUGGUAAUGUCAUUGCUUAGGAUAUGGUAUCAACAUCGAUUGAAUAUUAACAAUACCAAUAAUAGUAACGAACUAACACAGUAAUAUUUAUUUUAACAGUUGCUUCAUUCGAAUCAAUGACAGAUGAUAUUUAAUUUUAGUUGUAUUGUAGCAUUGAUUGACACAAUGUUCACGUGAAUUACAUAAUGUGGAAAUUUUUAUGCAUUUCUUUGAAUGU